GGCAGGACUAUUGUUGACUGGGAAGUGGAUACUAACCUUAACAUUCCCAGCUCUUUUCUACUUCACCUGCAGAACAGCAGCCUGUUGGAGGAACCAGAAGAUUUGGCCAGCUAGCCCCUGUGAAGAGCAAGAACUUUGCCACAGCUAUAGCUGGUUUCCUGGGGGGGAAGUGGAUUUACUUUGAGAUUGCGACUGAUGGGCUCCUCCUGGUAGAGUAGUUCUGGGGGAGGGGUGAUACCAAAGGGCGUUGCUCCUUUGAGGUGUGACAAGAGUGAGGGUACUCCCCAUGGAUGACUGGUUCUGGAUGGGCUUCUAAGUGGGGGAGAGUUAACUUGGUUUCCAAGUGAGAAGUGGAGUUGCUCUGUGACAAGAUUAUGAAUGCAGUUCACAAACACAUACCUAGUGUGAUUGGGAGUCAAAGAAAAGGGGGUUGAGUGUUGAAGAGAAGAGAACACGGAUGAUGGAAAUAUUCUUUGAAACGAAAGAUGUAUUCCAGCUUAAAGACAUUGAGAAAAUUGCUCCCAAAGAGAAAGGAAUCACUGCUAUGUCGGUGAAGGAGGUCUUACAGAGCUUAGUUGAUGAUAGCAUGGUGGACACUGAUAGGAUUGGGACUUCAAAUUAUUUUUGGGCUUUUCCAAGUAAAGCUCUCCAUGCAAAAAAAAGGAAACUGGAGGAACUACAAAAUCAGUUCUCAGAAUAUAACCAGAAGAAAAAGAGUUUGCAAGAAACCACUGAGAAAUCAAAAAUUGGGCGGGAAGAUACUGCAGAGCGUGCAGCACUAACAAAGGAAGUUACUACCCUUCAAAAGAAGAAAGAACAACUAAAGGCAGAGAUAGAUAAAUACAAAGAAUGUGAUCCUGAUAUAAUUGAGGAAGUCCGUCAAGCAAAUAAAGUAUCUAAGGAAGCAGCCAACAGGUGGACUGAUAAUAUCUUUGCAGUAAAAUCUUGGGCUAAACGGAAGUUUGGAUUUGAAGAGAGCAAAAUUGACAAAACAUUUGGUAUUCCAGAAGACUUUGACUACGUUGAUUAAAAGGGUUUAGUAAGGACGGCACAUAAUUUAAUAUUGUUCACGGGAUUUUGUUUUCAUUCUGAAGUUCCUUUUCCUUUAUUAUUUGUUUUUUGGUUAAUAAAAUCUGAAAAUACAUUGAGAAUCUA